UGGGACUAAAAUAAGUGCAACACUCCCCAAGAAACAUGGAGGUUCAAGAGAAAUGUUUUUCGUAUGCGAUUUGGAAAGUUUGAAGUAACUGCACUGUUGUAACAAUGUGUCUGUUGUCAGGUCAUUGACACAACAAAGUGAAAACGGACCAAUAAAGAUUUGAUCUGUACACAUCUCGAGGUGAGAGGUGAGAGGUGCGACCGCCUACCCCAGAUGUUGCGACGAAAGGCCUGGGUAUGGCCUGCACUCUGGACUGUCCAACUGGGGCAGCGAUGCGCCCACAGCCUGGCCUCUUUCCGGGCGGCGUCUCAUUUGCCCGAGAAGAAGCUGAGGGGCCUGCUAUUCCCCUUCAGUGCACUGGAGGCUUACCUGGCUCCAGGAGCGUGGCGGGGGGAGUUCAAUCUGUUCCAGCCCAGCGUGGGGGACAUCACCAGGGCUGAGCAGCUCUUCAUCCCCUCCACAAAACACCGCAUUGACUACUUCACCUCUGCUGUGAGGAUGGACCAUGCGCCAGGCACACUGCAGCCUGAGGUGUGUUUUAUCGGCAGGAGUAAUGUGGGGAAGUCCUCUCUCAUCCGCACGCUCUUCUCCCUGGUGCCUGACAUCGAGGUCCGGGUCUCAAAAACUCCGGGUCACACGAAAAAGCUCAACUUCUUCAAAGUGGGGAAGGCCUUCACCAUGGUGGACAUGCCAGGCUACGGCUACAAGGCGCCCAAGGACUUCCGGGAAAUGGUUGAGUCUUACCUGGAGGAAAGAGCACGUCUGGUGAGGACAUUCAUAUUGGUCGACGGGUCGGUGGGGCUGCAGGAAAUGGACAAGAUUGCCAUUGAAAUGUGUGAAGAGCUUGGGCUGCCCUACGUGAUCGUGGUGACGAAGAUCGAUAAGGGCAGGCAGGGGGUGCUGCUGAGAAACCUGCUCCAGCUGCAGGAAGCCAUCCAUACGCACACAGGAGGAUGUUACCCACAGCCCUUUCUGGUCAGCUCGACGCAGUUCUCUGGGAUUUACCUCCUCCGCUGUUUCAUUGCCCACGUGACCGGGAACCUUAACCUGGAGAUGUCGGCCAAUCAGGGCAAACCAGAGAGGGUCAGCUGACCUACCACCCCCUGGGGUACAGGGGGGCAGAGCUGUACAUACUGUAAGAACUAAAGACAUUUGAUUGGUUUAAUAAAAGCAGUAAUGCAA